GAAAAUUUUGUACUGGGUCUGCGGUUUACCAAACAGCAACUAAUGAAUUUGCUGAAUAUAAGUUUAAAGCAUUUUAUAUGAGAGAAUCAUCGCUUAUUGAAGAAUUGACUGAAAAAACUAUCGCUAUGAUAAUUGGAUGUUUUGUAUUCGAAGAUGAGUUAAAUGGGGUAUAUAAUAGUAUGAAUAGAAAAACCACUGAUUUGUCAGUUAUAUGUAAGUAUAAUCUGAAUCCGAAAGGUCGCCAUUCUAAUGUAGCUGAAGCUACAUAUCGUCGAACCAUUUUUUCUGUUGCUGAUGAAUUAAUUUUUGUCGAGAAAUUUGUCUUUGUGUUAUGUGAAACAAUAGAAUGGAAUUAUUAUUUGCGAAAAAAUUCAAAAUCGCAGUCGUGUAAUGAAACAGAACAUGUAAAAAAAAAAAAAAAGAGAGAUGAGGAGCUUGCGAAAAUUGAAGAAGUUUUCAAAUCCAAAAAUCAACAACAAAAUAAGAAUCGUAACCAUGUAAUUGUUGAAGAUUAG